AGGCUGUUUGUUUUGGGGGGAAAUAUUACUUUUAAUGCUCCUUCAGGUGUACUAAUUGCAUUCUUGUUUUUCAUUCCAGUGUAUCUUGAAGAUAGUUUUGUAAAAUCAGGAGUCUUCAACGUAUCAGAACUGGUGCGAGUGUCUAGAACGCCGAUAACCCAGGGAGCUGGAGUAAACUUCCCUAUUGGAGAACUUCCAAGUCAACCAUACUAUCAUGACAUGAACUCGGGUGUAAACUUACAAAGAUCGCUAUCCUCUCCACCAACCAGUAAGAGACCCAAAACUAUAUCCAUAGAUGAGAAUAUGGAACCAAGCCCAACAGGGGACUUUUAUCCUUCCCCAAAUUCACCAGCUGCUGGGAGUAGGACAUGGCAUGAAAGAGAUCAAGGUGAGUAAAUCUGUAUUAUUUAAAAGUUCUUAACAGUAUGUUCCUGUGUGUAAUUACUCAGAAAUAAGCACAUUGAUUCAGCAGGAUUUAUUACCAGGAGAUUUAUAAAUUGUAAGAUUGCAUCCUUAUAUUUUGAUUUCUGUAAUUUCUUUUAAAACUACGAUUACACUGUUGCAUUUCAGUUUUAAAAAGAGAAUUAAAAUCUGAACUAAGAUUAAAAUAUUUUCCAGAAAGAUUCAGAAUUCAGUGUUGGUUAUAUUUAAAGCAUACCAUGUGAAAUGAGAGCCAGUGUGGUGUAGUGGCGUGUGUGUUGGACUACGACUCUGGAGACCAGGGUUCGAAUCCCAGUUCGACCAUGUAAACCCACUGGGUGACCUUGGUCAAGUCACACACUUUCAGCCACAGAGAAUGACAAUGGCAAACCUCCUCUGAAGAAACUUGCCAAGAAAACCCCAUGAUAGGUUUGCUUUAGGGGUCUCCAUAAUUCGCAAGCGACUUGAAGGCUCACAACAACAACAGAUUUGAAAAUGAAUGAAAAUUGUUAUUCACAACUCAACAAAUUUUAUUUAUUACAGUUAGGUCCAAAACACACUGCAAAAAAUAAAUUAAUUAAAUCAGUUCAUUCUGUUUUAGUCAGGUAGUCUUAAUACAAAGGUUUGCCUUGAUCCAAAUUCAUAGCUAAAUUACAAUAGUAAUAGUAGCUAAUAUGCCAUUAUAUUGUUGAACUCGGUUCAUGUGAUUCAACUCUUUAAAUAACAUUUCCGUAUGUAGUUAAGCAAUCAAAAUUUUGUAAUGUUGACUAGAUUGUUCCUAUUAUUUUAGUUUAUCUUGCUUUCGCUCUGUCCAUGGAAUUUUAUGACCCCUGUCUGCCAUUUUAAAGAGCUCUAGUGUGUUAAACAAAAGUACUUAGAUUACUUCUGUGUUUUCUGUCACACAAGGUGCUAUUUUUUUCUUAAUCUAGACAAAGGAUUCAUUAGCUUGAAGAAUCUGUUAUACAUAUUUUCUUUCAAAGAUUUAGCUCACAAUAGUUUACACAAUUCCUUAGUUAUAUUUGCAAUAUUAGCAGAAGUUCAGUUCUGGACCCCUCACAGAUACUAAAAAUCAUAGGAACUCAAGUUCCAUUAUCACAAAUGGAUGCUGAAGUGCAUGUGUCCACACCACCAUGGACAAUAAUGCAUGCACACCAUUGGCGAUAAUGGGCUGUGCUCAUCUGCCAAUGUCUAGUGUGCCAAUACAGAGGGACGACUGUAAUAAGAUGGUUUCUAAUUCAUUUAUCAACAUGAAUAGCCCAUGUUAUGCAGUUAGAUUUGGUUUGAAUUUAUAAUAGUCAUGAAUUUCUAUAUAAUUUUUAAAGUAACAUUUAGUUUUUGUAGCUUUAUAUGGCUUCUGCCGUUGUUUCAAUAGUUAAUUACACUAUAGAAAAUAUUUGUUGUGCCAAUGAAAAAGGUCCCUUAGCUUUUAUUUGAUAUCUGUGGAUUUCAGUCCCUUUGGAUCAUAGCCAGUUCAGUUUUCCCCUUCCUCUCUUCCUUUUUCAGACUGUUAUAAACAUUGUUUAUUUGUGUUUAUUUGUACAUUCUUUCCACUUGGCCCAAAAUAUUUGGUUAUAUUGUAU